CUCUAGGCACGAGAUGCUGUGGAGGAGAGGAGCAAGACACACAAAAGCGAAUAUCUUUCUCCCUUUCUCCGGUGAAUCUGGAAUCCCAAAAUCCAGACUCAGAAAAAUGGGUCAGUUUCAGGUCCACUAUCUUCAAACCCUUCUCACUAAACCUCACUACACUUACUCCUCCCACCACCCAAUCCCCAUCAUUUGCUUCUCUCACCGUCCCAACCUCACUCUCACCUUCCCUCACUCCCAAACUCACCCCAAACCCACUAAACCCCUCCACCUCUCUCUCCCCACCGCCGUCCGAUCUCGCAUACUCUGCAAAUCCACCGGCUCAGAAUUUGACAUCCUAUCACAGCCAGAAGAGAGAAGAAGGCCUCACAGACGCGCCAAUGGAAUCUUCUGGAUUCUUCUCAUUAAUAUUGGGGUAUACUUGGCUGAUCAUAUAUUUCAGGUCCGUGCAGUUAAAAUGCUCUACUUGCAUCAUAGUUACCCUGAAUGGUACCAGUUUCUAACAGCGACAUUCUGUCAUGCUAAUUGGAACCAUCUUUCGAGCAAUCUUUUCUUCUUGUAUAUUUUCGGAAAGCUAGUUGAAGAAGACGAAGGGAAUCUCGCACUGUGGCUUUCUUAUAUUCUUACAGGUGUUGGAGCAAACCUUGUUUCGUGGCUUGUUUUACCGACGAAUGCAGUUUCUAUCGGAGCUUCUGGUGCUGUGUUUGGAUUGUUUACUAUCAGUGUCCUUGUAAAGAUGUCCUGGGACUGGAGGAAGAUCCUUGAAGUUCUUAUAUUGGGGCAAUUUGUUUUAGACAAGGUUAUGGAAGCAGCCCAAGCUUCUACUGGAUUAGCAGGCCGCGGAGGCUCCUCUUUGAUGAAUGUCAAUCAUAUUGCACAUCUCUCGGGUGCUCUUGUUGGCGUAUUUCUAGUAUGGCUUCUUGGUAGAAUUCCUUCAGAACCUCCAGAACAAGAAGGAUUGGAUCUGAAAAAGAAAUAGGCAUAGAUCGAUAAUUAGAGUACUCUGGAACUGAUGUGUCACUAUUGCACCACUGUCUCUGUACCCUAAUUUUGGGUAAUCAUUUGUAAAUGAUU